CCUGUGCCAGAUUUGAGACACGCUCCAAGGACAUGGGACUCCAGGUUUAUCUUCUGCUUCUCCUCCCACGGCUGGCAGGGGCCAUCCUGGACAUCACCCUGAUCGCCAACGUGCAGAGCCUGUCCCACUCCGACUUCUUCCUCUCCUGUGUCAUGGGGGAGCGCGACGUGAGCUACCUGCAGAUCGAGCGGGAGAACAAGAUCGUGAUGACACACCCCAAGAUGGGCUUCCAAAACUACCGCAACCGCAGCAACCACGUCCAGGCCAGGGGCUUCUCCAUGGCCGACCUGGUGGGGAUCCUCUACUGCCUGGGGCGCACCCCAACUGAGCAGGCCCAGGUGGUCUACGUGCACAACAGCCACAACGCCCACCUCUUCCCAGUGAAGGCCACGCAGUCCGUGAACGUCGCCGAGCCAGCCACCUUCUCUGCCAGGGUCCUCAAGAGGAAGGAGAUGGACGUUAUGUGGAAAAGAAAUGGCACCUACUAUCAGACCACGGACCGGGGCGAGGUGAGGGGCGAUGUCGUCACCCUGACGCUCCCCAGCGUCAGCGUGAGUGAAAAUGGGGUCUACAGCGCCACGUUCAUGGGUGACAGCCCUCUGUGGAGUGCUUUCUACCGCCUGAUCGUGAGAGCCUGCCCCGCGAAGAAAUGGGGACCAUCCUGCGAGAAGGACUGUCCUGACUGCCUGAACGGCGGUGUCUGCCACGACCACGUCGGCGAAUGCGUCUGCCCUCCUGGGUUCAUGGGCACCCGCUGUGAGCGAGCCUGCCGGGAAGGCCAGUUUGGCCGCAACUGCCAGGAGACGUGCCAGAGAACCCAGGGCUGCAGGGGGCUGAGCUUCUGCCUGCCGGACCCAUACGGCUGCUCCUGCGCCUCGGGCUGGAGCGGCUCCCGCUGCAGCCAAGCCUGUCCCCCAGGAUACUAUGGCCCCGACUGUGCCCUGGGAUGUGCCUGCCGAAAUGGAGGCAGCUGUAACCGCUUCAGCGGCUGCGUCUGCCCUGCAGGCUGGCAUGGGCAGCACUGCGAGAAGUCAGACCGGUUCCCCCAGAUCAUCCAACUGGCCUCAGAGCUGGAGUUCAACCUGGGCUCGGAGCCCAUCGUCAGCUGCGUGGCCACCGGCAACCCGCUGCCUGCCAGCGACAGCGUGGAACUGCGCAAGGCUGAUGGCACCGUUCUCAAGCUUAUCAAAGCCAUCAUCGAGCCGGGACAGAUCACCUGUGAGUUUCAGGUGCGACACCUGACGAAGGCAGACACGGGGCUCUGGGAAUGCCGGGUCUCCACGACUGGGGGCCAGGACAGCCGGAAAAUCAAGGUCAACAUCCGAGUGCCGCCAGCACCCCUGAGCCCCCCCCGGCUGCUGGCCAAACAGAGCCGCCAGCUUGUGGUGUCGCCUGUGGAUUGCUUCUCUGGCGAUGGACCCAUUGUCUCCAUCAAGCUGCUCUACAAGCCCAAGGACGACACCGCAGCGUGGUCAUCCAUUGUGGUUGACAACAGCGAGAACAUCACCCUUAUGAACCUUCGUCCGGUGACCGCCUACGUUGUCAAGGUGCAGCUGAGCCGGCCAGGGGAUGGUGGGGAGGGCAGCAAGGGGCCCGAGGCCAUCAUGGUGACCGAGUGCCUUGAGCCCACAGUCAAGCCUGUGAUUGAAGGUUGGUCCAUAGAGGAGAAAAACACACUUCAUGUCAACUGGAAAUUGCCCAGUAACCAUGAGCCAGCACAUGGGUUCAUCGUCCACCUCUUUGACUCUGCGAGGCAGCUGGUCUGUGAGAAAAACAUCACAUCCAUCUCUGUGCUCUCUGCCCGCAUUGGAGACCUGGAGUUCAACAAGGAGUAUGGGCUGGAGGUGCUGGUCUACCACUGCACCAGCCUGGGGCCCCCCUCCGACCUCUACAAGGUCAUGAUCAACAGCAAAGGACCCUCCUCCCCACGGUCCCUCUCGGCAGAAUCUGUGUCUGACACCGCCGUCAGGCUCUCCUGGCAGGUCCCUGAGUACCCCAAUGGGGGCAUCACCAAGUACAUCGUGGAGCUGCAGCAGGUGGGGGGCACCAGCGAGCCCCAGUGGAUCGACACCGACAGUGGCGCCGAGACCACCAAGAUCAUAGGGGGCCUCAAUGUCAGCACCAGCUACCAGUUUCGUGUUCGUGCCAACUCCCACGUCCCGGGGGAGUGGAGCCAGCCCGUGAAAGCCAAGACCCUGGGGGAUGGAGCGCUGAGUGUGCCACCCAGCCUGGGCAGCCAGAGCACAGAGCAAGCGGGAAUAGACCAGCAACUGCUCUUGGCCAUCGUCGGCUCCGUGUCCGUCACCUGCCUCACCAUCCUCUUUGCCCUCCUGGCGCUUUUCCUGAUCAAGAAGAAUUUUUUCCACCGGCGCCGCACCUUUACAUACCAGUCUGGCUCGGGGGAAGAGACCAUCCUGCAGUUCAACUCGGGGACCCUGACCCUGACGCGCCGGCCCAAGCCACAGCCUGAGCCUCUCAGCUACCCCAUCCUGGAAUGGGAAGACAUCAAGUUUGAGGACAUGAUCGGGGAGGGCAACUUUGGGCAGGUCAUCAGGGCCAUGAUCAAAAAGGAUGGCCUGAAAAUGAACGCGGCCAUCAAGAUGCUGAAAGAAUUUGCUUCGGAGAAUGACCAUCGGGACUUUGCUGGGGAGCUGGAGGUGCUGUGCAAACUGGGCCAUCACCCCAACAUCAUCAACUUGCUGGGUGCCUGCGAGAACAAGGGCUACCUAUACAUCGCCAUUGAGUAUGCUCCCUAUGGAAACCUCCUCGACUUCCUCCGCAAAAGCCGAGUCCUUGAGACGGACCCGGCCUUUGCCAAGGAGCACGGCACUGCCUCCACCCUCACCUCCCAGCAGCUCCUCCAGUUUGCUUCAGAUGUGGCCAAGGGGAUGCAGUACCUGAGUGAGAAGCAGUUCAUUCACAGGGACCUGGCAGCCAGGAAUAUCCUGGUGGGAGAAAACCUGGCCUCCAAGAUUGCUGACUUUGGCCUCUCCAGAGGGGAGGAGGUCUAUGUGAAGAAGACGAUGGGCCGCUUGCCAGUUCGCUGGAUGGCCAUCGAGUCCCUGAACUACAGCGUGUACACCACCAAGAGUGAUGUGUGGUCCUUCGGCGUCCUGCUCUGGGAGAUCGUCAGCUUGGGAGGAACGCCAUACUGUGGUAUGACAUGUGCCGAGCUCUACGAGAAGCUGCCCCAGGGCUACCGCAUGGAGAAGCCACGCAACUGCGAUGACGAGGUGUACGAGCUGAUGCGGCAGUGCUGGCGUGACCGCCCCUACGAGCGCCCGCCUUUCGCCCAGAUCUCCAUGCAGCUCAUCCGCAUGCUGGAGGCCAGGAAGGCCUACGUGAACAUGGCCCUGUUCGAGAACUUCACCUAUGCGGGGAUCGAUGCCACCGCCGAGGAGGCGUGAGGCGGCGUGCUGGGACAGUGCUGUGGGGACGAGGGGCUGCCCGUCCCCCGCCGGGCCUGAGUGGCCGAACGCCAGUGCCCCUUUCCGAGAGCGCCUUCCCCGCAGCAGGACUGUGCCAUCCCCUACCUGGCUGACAACCCAGCAUGUGCUGGCUACGCUGGCACAUUACCAGCCACCAACAUGGCCCCACGCUGCUGGGGGACGUGCUGGGAUGGCCCCCAAGGACAAGUGCCAGCAGGGUGUUUGCAGCAGAGCAGGCAGGAGAGUGGCUCUCUCAGGAGCCAGGGUACUGCCACCUGAGCCCACGGACACAAAAGCCCAAAUUUUGGGACGAGAGGUGAAGCAGCGACCUGGCAGCUGCCUGCCCUGCAGGUCUCGGCAUGUGCUGGGGCUGAAGUGGUGCCAGCAGGGCUGCAAGCAUCGCUGGCGGCAUGGGACAGGGUCACCCCGGUGGGUGCGAAGGGACAAGGGACAGCCUUGGCUGUGCACAGCCUCCAGCUCUGUGGUAACCCUUUGGAGGUGCCAGCUCUGCCUUACGGACAAUAAACAUAGUGCAACAGGCAACCAGGUCUGGAGGAGGG